AUGGCAGACGCAGUUGUAAAAGUAGAGACGCCCCCCGAGGCGUCUCAUGCUUCGUCAGUCAUUGACAAGCCACCCGGAGCGAAUCCCACGGCGCCGACGCAGCUAUCGGCCAACACGCCGCAGAAGGAUGUUGUCAUGUCGGACGUGCCCAUCGAACGGACAGCAUCCCCGGCCCCGACCAACGUAGCUCCUAGCCCAGCGCCAGGUAGAACUGGUACUCCAGCACAAGGAUCACGAGCGCCAUCAUUGCACCCCGACUCCGGCUUCACAAUGCCGUCCGAGGCGCCUGCACAUGGCGAUUCCGCCAGGAGAUACUUGAACACUAAAGUGACAGGCGUCUUGCUCGAAGGAAUGAAGCAGUUGGCCAAGAAUCAACCCAGCGAUCCGUUACGCGUCCUGGGAGAAUAUCUUGUACAGAAAUCAAAGGAACUAGAGGGAACGACAUAG